GGCCGGCCGACCACCCUUUGGAAUCCACGUUUUUCCAAGCUCAGCAAAUCCUUUAUCCGAAGAAAAAUUACUGAAGCCUAUCGCCUUAAUCUAUUGAGCGGGCAAUGUUUCCCACUGAGUGCUUGGGGCUGACCCGGUGGGAGCAGCUAGGAUAAAGACAUCUAGGGUGGGGAACUGGCCAGGAUAGGGCACAGUGGGCCCCCAAGGUGCGUCACAGCACCUGUCCCAGAGCCUGGGUAAAACUCCCUCGCUUGCCCCCUGGACACACUCUCUGCUCUUGCCUCCUCCCUGGCAGCUCCUCCUCCCCCAUCUCCCCUCAACCAGCGUUCGCGCUCCAGCUCCUCCCCUCCUCUGCGCCUUCUCGCUCCCCUCCCCCUCUGCCGCUGUUCCCUGCCCCCGCCACCGCCGACCUCCUCCGCAGUCUGGGCCGCUGGGCGCAGAGACUGCCGCAGCGCCGGCGGUCACCGACGCCUCCCCAGACCGGAUACCCAUUGUGUCCUACCCCAUCCCGCUGUCCACUUCCCCACGGCCAUGGCGCAGGAAACCGGGAGCAGCUCUCGACUCGGGGGGCCCUGCGGGGAGCCUGCGGAGCGCGGAGGUGAUGCUAGCGAGGAGGACCAUCCCCAAGUCUGUACCAAAUGCUGCGCACAAUUCUCUGACCCGACCGAAUUCCUCGCUCACCAGAAUGCAUGUUGUACUGACCCACCCGUAAUGGUGAUAAUUGGGGGCCAGGAGAACCCCAGCAACUCUUCAGCCUCCUCUGCACCCCGGCCAGAGGGCCACAAUAGGCCCCUGGUCAUGGACACAGAGCACAGUAAUGCCCCAGAUUCUGGGUCUUCUGGGCCCCCUGAUCCUACCUGGGGGCCAGAGCGAAGAGGAGAGGAGUCUUCUGGGCAUUUCCUGGUCGCUGCCACAGGUACAGCGACUGGGGGAGGUGGGGGCCUGAUCUUGGCCAGUCCCAAGCUGGGAGCAACCCCAUUACCUCCAGAAUCUACCCCUGCACCCCCUCCUCCACCACCUCCCCCUCCCCCUUCAGGUGUAGGCAGUGGCCACUUGAACAUCCCUUUGAUCUUGGAAGAGCUGCGGGUGCUACAGCAGCGCCAGAUCCAUCAGAUGCAGAUGACGGAACAAAUCUGUCGCCAGGUGCUGCUGCUUGGCUCCUUAGGGCAGACGGUGGGUGCCCCUACCAGUCCUUCAGAGCUACCUGGGACAGGGACUGCCUCCUCCACCAAGCCCCUACUGCCCCUCUUCAGUCCCAUCAAACCUGUCCAAACUGGUAAGACACUGGCACCUUCGUCCUCCUCUUCCUCCUCUUCAGGGGCAGAACCCCCUAAGCAGGCUUUCUUCCACCUUUACCACCCGCUGGGAUCGCAGCAUCCCUUCUCUGUCGGAGGGGUAGGGCGAAGCCACAAACCUACCCCUACCCCCUCCCCCGCCCUGUCAGGCAGCACAGAUCAGCUGAUUGCCUCACCUCAUCUGGCAUUCCCAGGCACCACAGGACUCCUGGCAGCUCAGUGUCUUGGGGCAGCAAGGGGUCUUGAGGCUGCGGCCUCCCCAGGGCUCCUGAAGCCAAAGAAUGGAAGUGGUGAGCUGGGCUAUGGGGAACUAAUCAGUUCCUUGGAAAAGCCUGGUGGAAGGCACAAAUGCCGCUUUUGUGCCAAAGUAUUUGGCAGUGAUAGCGCCCUGCAAAUCCAUCUUCGUUCCCACACUGGAGAGAGGCCCUAUAAGUGCAACGUCUGUGGUAAUCGCUUCACUACUCGGGGCAACCUCAAAGUACAUUUCCACCGGCAUCGUGAGAAGUACCCACACGUGCAAAUGAAUCCACAUCCCGUGCCGGAGCACCUAGACUACGUUAUCACCAGCAGUGGGCUGCCUUAUGGAAUGUCUGUGCCACCAGAAAAAGCAGAAGAGGAGGCAGCCACGCCGGGCGGAGGCGUUGAACGCAAACCUCUAGUGGCCUCCACCACGGCACUCAGUGCCACAGAGAGCCUGACAAUGCUGUCCACUGGCACAAGCACAUCCGUGGCUCCUGGGCUCCCUCCUUUCAACAAGUUUGUGCUCAUGAAAGCCGUGGAGCCCAAGAGUAAAGCUGAUGAAAAUACUCCUCCAGGGAGUGAGGGCUCAGCCAUUACCGGAGUAGCAGAUGGUGGCGCAGCAACCCGAAUGCAGCUAAGUAAGCUGGUGACAUCGCUGCCAAGCUGGGCGUUGCUGACUAAUCACCUGAAGUCAACUGGAAGUUUCCCCUUCCCCUAUGUGCUAGAACCCUUGGGGGCCUCACCUUCUGAGACCUCAAAGUUGCAGCAGCUGGUAGAGAAGAUUGACCGCCAAGGAGCUGUGGCUGUGGCCUCUACUGCCUCAGGAGCUCCGACCACUUCUACCCCUGCACCUUCAUCCUCAUCUUUAGGACCUAACCAGUGUGUCAUCUGUCUCCGGGUGCUGAGCUGUCCCCGGGCUCUACGCCUCCAUUAUGGACAACACGGCGGCGAGCGGCCCUUCAAGUGUAAAGUGUGUGGCAGAGCUUUCUCCACAAGGGGCAAUUUGCGUGCACAUUUUGUGGGUCACAAGACCAGUCCAGCUGCCCGAGCCCAGAACUCCUGCCCCAUCUGCCAGAAGAAGUUCACUAACGCCGUCACUCUGCAGCAACAUGUCCGGAUGCACCUGGGGGGUCAAAUCCCCAACGGUGGUUCCACACUCCCUGAAAGUGGGGGAGCUGCCCAGGAGAGCAGCUCUGAGCAAUCUACAGCCUCUGGACCAGGGAGCUUCCCCCAACAGCAACCCCAGCAACCAUCACCAGAGGAGGAGUUGUCUGAGGAAGAGGAAGAGGAUGAGGAAGAAGAGGAAGAUGCGACAGAUGAAGAUUCCCUAGCAGGAAGAGGCUCAGAGAGUGGGGGUGAGAAGGCCAUAUCAGUGAGAGGUGACUCAGAAGAGGUAUCUGGGGCAGAGGAGGAAGUGGGAGCAGUAAGCGCAGCACCCACUGCGGGGAAGGAGAUGGAUAGAAGUGAGAAAGCCACUCAACAAUCCCUGCCACCACCUCCACCUGACAACCUGGAUCACCCCCAGCCCAUGGAGCAGGGAACCAGUGAUGUUUCCAGAGGCAUAGAAGAAGAGGCCAAAUUGGAGGGGACACCAAGCCCCAUUGCAGCACUCACCCAAGAAGGGGAGGGCACCAGCACCCCUUUGGUGGAGGAGCCAGGAGAAGGCAGCAGCAGAAAGGCCUGUGAAGUGUGUGGCCAGACCUUUCCUGCCCAGGCAGCACUGGAGGAGCACCAGAAGAACCAUCCUAAGGAAGGGCCGCUCUUCACUUGUGUGUUCUGCAGGCAGGGCUUCCUUGACCGUCCUACCCUCAAGAAGCACAUGCUGUUGGCUCACCACCAGGUACCACCCUUUGCACCCCAUGGCCCUCAGAAUAUUGCUACUCUGCCCUUGGUCCCUGGCUGUUCCUCUUCCAUCACUUCUCCAGGGCUCUCUCCGUUCCCUCGAAAAGAUGACCCUGCCAUCCCAUGAGCCUGUUUUCUGUACCCAGUCUCCAUGACCCAGGGCACAGAAACUGGGCGCUCCAUAGAAGGACUUUCAAAACUUAGCCUUCCCUUUUCUCAAGUUUUGACAUGAUGUUUCUACGGCUUCUCUCUAGUCCCUGACCUUAAAAAUUGAGUGAGUUCCAGGAAAAGCUCCAAAGCUACAGAGAAAUCCUGUCUCCAAAAACAAAAACAAACAAAAAAAUUGCGUUUAAAAGGGAAUGCCCUGUAAGAAAUUUGUAUCACCUUUUUGUUCUUUGUAGCUAAGGAAAAUGAAUUCUCUGUAGCUUUCAUUCUCAAGGGGAGCCCUUCCUCUUCUCCCUUUCCCUCUGGCAGGCACGUGAGAACUGCCAUCUUUGGAAUGGCAGCUUCACUCAAAAGGGCAGACCACGGUCUAUGCUAUUCCGUGGUGAUCUGGACCUUCUUGAGAAGUUUGUGAGGGGUGGGUUUCUUACCUCUCUGCAACUGGUACACAGUUGUUCCUGUCAGGUGGCCUAUGCAGCAAGCCCUGGAAUUCUAGAUUCACCUGCAGUACCACUUCGGCCGUAGCACCAUCAUUGCUAUUAAGAACAGGAACUGUGCUUGAGAAGGUGACCCCAACAUGAUCCAGAAGGGUCUAGGAGAACAUAGCCUCUCUCCUGUUUCUGCCUCCCAUACCCAGGUGGUGCCUACCAAGCACACCAGAGAAAAGUAGCAAGUUAUAACUUCUAUCUCCUUCCCCCUACUCCAGAAGGUGCUGCAAAGAAGAAUGAAGGAUUAGGAUGCUUUUUCAGUAUGUCUCUUGACUUGUCACAUUAAGGCAAAGAGGUUGGCUGGUCAAGAUGCAAGGACUCCUUCAACUUCUCAUUUAUCCUCCUAACCAACAAGCAGAUCUCUUGCCAAGAGGUCUCCCAUGGGCUAUAUAAAGUAUAAAGUUCCUAACUUUAAACUUAUUGGUGAGGGUGGUUAGUGAAGUAAUCAUGACUGAAGGAGUGUUGCUGAAUCAGGGAUUUCGGGGAACCUAUUUGCUGAAGAAUGGGAUGGCACAGAAGAGAGAGGAGCUUCAGCUCUGGUUGAGUGUGACCUUCAUGACGUUCCUUUGGGCUAAUGGUGAGGUGGUGUUGCAGCAGCAGCAAGGGUCAGGGGACUUCCUGGCACUAGAGUGCUUUUAGUUUUAGAUGACUCCCGAUUUUAUCCCUUUGCCCCUUGUAUGUCCUUCAUCUUCUCAAAACCCUUUCCCUCCCCAGCUUUGCCUGAUCGUGGACCAGAGCUUAUGUCUUCAUUUUUCUGUAUGUUUCCAAGAGUCCCAGACAUUGGGAGAUGAGCUUCAAGUGGUUCCUCCCUGCCUCUCUGUUGUGUAGUGAGAUGUAGUACUUACUCUUAACAUAGGAUCCUGUGGAACAGGAGUUCUGAGGGGAGACUGGAUUUUGCUGAUGUAAACGAUGAUUCGAAAGUAGCGACUCCAGAGCUCCUAACACAGACGUGUGUAAGAGCAGAGUGGGGGAUACACGUAUCUGUCCCUCCGUCAUUAAAGGUGUUUUGGCCAAGUGUUUGUGUGUUUCUCCUUAUUUUGUGGAUAAAUACCCAGAUGGGGUGUGAUAUUGGCAUUCGCUGGCACGGAGAUUCCCUUCCCACUCUUUUCUCCUGCCAAAGCAAAACAUAUGGUAUAGAAAUACUUAUUUACUCAGCUUUGUCCCGAAACAACUUCCACUGAGUGUGAUUUCACUCUGAGGGAAAAAGGUUUUUUUAAACGGAGAUUUUUUUUCUUUUAAAAGGUAUUUGCCCAGUCU